CUGCGAAGGCUGCGACGAUCCCUCGGGGCCAUGGACUCGGACGCCAGCCUGGUGUCUAGCAGGCCGUCGUCGCCGGAGCCCGAUGACCUCUUCCUGCCGGCCCGGAGCAAGGGUAGCGGGGGCGGCGGCUUCACGGGGGGCACCGUGUCGUCGUCCACGCCGAGCGACUGCCCGCCGGAUCUGAGCGCCGAGCUGCGCGGCGCCAUGGGCGCGGCGGGCGCGCACCCGGGGGACAAGCUGGGCGGCGGCGGCGGCGGUGGCUUCAAGUCAUCCUCGUCCAGCACCUCUUCGUCCACGUCGUCGGCGGCCGCGUCGUCCACCAAGAAGGACAAGAAACAGAUGACGGAGCCCGAGCUGCAGCAGCUGCGCCUCAAGAUCAACAGCCGCGAGCGCAAGCGGAUGCACGACCUCAACAUCGCCAUGGACGGGCUGCGCGAGGUCAUGCCGUACGCGCACGGCCCGUCGGUGCGCAAGCUCUCCAAGAUCGCCACGCUGCUGCUGGCGCGCAACUACAUCCUCAUGCUCACCAACUCGCUGGAGGAGAUGAAGCGACUGGUGAGCGAGAUCUACGGAGGCCACCACGCCGGCUUCCACCCGUCGGGCUGCGGCGGCCUGGCGCACUCGGCGCCCCUGCCCGCCGCCACGGCUCAUCCGGCGGCCGCGGCGCACGCGGCGCACCACCCGGCCGUGCACCAUCCCAUCCUGCCUCCGGCCGCCGCGGCCGCCGCCGCCGCUGCUGCCGCCGCCGCGGUGUCCAGCGCCUCCCUGCCCGGCUCCGGGUUGUCGUCGGUCGGCUCCAUUCGGCCCCCUCACGGCCUGCUCAAGUCUCCGGCGGCGGCGGCGGCGGCGGCGGCCCCGCUUGGGGGCGGGGGCGGCAGCGGCGGGGGCACUGGCGGCUUCCAGCACUGGGGCGGCAUGCCCUGCCCCUGCAGCAUGUGCCAGGUGCCCCCGCCGCACCACCACGUGUCGGCCAUGGGCGCGGGCAGCCUGCCGCGCCUCACCUCGGACGCCAAGUGA